CCGAACACUGCCCCAACUCCAAAUUGGCAACUCGACGACGUGCCUAUCUGCAUUUCUCCAUAUUCUGUUUAGCCCAAGAACUGGGUGAUCCCUACGAACGAUCCCUCCACCCCACCUCAAAAUACGACCCUCGACCGCAGCAGCAUGCUCAGGAAUAAACAAGUGUAACCCACCGCACUGCGUCUUUGACUGUGUCUUUUAUCAACUUCGGCGCCCUUUCCUCCCCGCACAAGCUUCUGCAUCAAUCUACGAUCAUGAUUGAACACCUCCUGCGGCCUCACGUCUUGGCCGUUGUUUUCGUCGUGGUUGUUGUGCUUCUAUAUUAUCGACGUCGGCCGAAUCCAAGCCUGCCCGAUCUGCCGUGGCUCAACACUAGAGAAGGCGAACUGUUCACCACCUUGCGCGCUAGAUUUCGCUCAACAGUCAACUACAAGGAGUCGAUCCAUCAGGCUUAUGAGCAGUAUUCGAAGAACAACAAAUCAUGUAUUAUUGCCAAAUUAAGCGGCGACGAGAUCGUGCUCCCGGCAUCGUCAAUAACGUGGCUCAUCAAUCAGCCAGAUAGCAUUCUGAGCGUGGACGAACCUCACAAGGACGUCCUGCAGACAGAGUACACGUUCGUUCACCCGGUCGUUGUAGAUCAGCCGUUACACCAUGAGACCAUUAGAAGCGAGCUCACUCGACAAUUGGGCGCCCUCACCAUGGACAUCAUGGACGAACUGGGCGCUGCAUUCGACGAUAUCUGGGGCACCGAUACGACUGAGUGGAAGGAAGUCUGUCCUUUUGAAACCCUCAAGCUCAUCAUUGCUCGAACCAGCAAUCGCGUCUUCGUCGGCCUGCCUUUAUGUCGGAACCAGGCACUCUUGGAGCAUGGGAUUGGUUUUGCCACUGCUGUUCCCAUUGCAUCGACCCUCCUCAAGCUUUUCCCCGCAUUCCUCCGGCCUCUUGCUGCUGUCCCCAUCGCGCGACCGAACCGAUACCACACGAAAUCCUUCGCCCGGCUUGUUCGACCCGAGAUCGAGCGACGCCAGAGACUUCUGGAAGGUCAGAAUGGGGACAUCGAGAAGAAGCUCGGCGAUCCAGAACCCAACGACUUCCUGCAAUGGUCGAUUCAUCGAGCUCGUGAGAGUCCGUACCCUGCCGAGCGUGACCCAGAUAUCAUCGCCGAAAGACUGCUCGCCGUAAACUUUGCCGCUAUCCACACGUCAACAUUUAGCAUCACAAACGCCAUUUUUGAUCUGGUCGCCUCUGACCCAUCCAAGAAAUACUUGGAACAAAUCCGCGAAGAAGCCGGCUCCAUUAUCGCCGCCGACAAGGGUGUGUGGACCAAAGCCGGCCUUGCAAGGAUGUACAAAACAGACUCGACGUUGCGGGAAUCCUCUCGACUGGGCUCAUUCUUGGGCGCCGGGCUGAUGCGUCAAGUCGUGGCACCGGACGGAAUCACCGCCCCCAAUGGAACAUUCUGUCCCUUUGGGAGUUGUGUCGCCGUCCCGACAAAUGGCGUCCACAACGAUCCAGAGCAUUACCCCGAUGCCGCGACAUAUAAUCCCUUCCGCUUCUCCGUGGAGCGAGAAUCAUUGACAGCAGAAUCACCAGAAACUCUAAAUGACAAGCCUAAUACCAGUACCACAGAAGAAUACAUCAGGAAGGCCAAUCUUUCCUUUGUCAGUACUUCCCCAACAUAUCAUCCAUUCGGACACGGAAGGCAUGCCUGUCCCGGAAGAUUUUUUGCAGCGAAUGAGUUGAAGUUGCUAUUGGCGUAUAUGGUGCAGAAUUACGAGUUUGAGCAUUUGAAAGAGAGGCCUGCGAGUAAGUGGAUCGGAACAAGCCUGGUGCCGCCCUUGACUGCCACCGUUAAGGUGAGGCGGCGCAAGCAGAGCGUGUAGGAGCGCGGGGCUGUGAAAUGAAGAGCGGGCGGGAAAACUCGUCAUGAUGUGUUACACUGGACUGUCAUCGGUCUCAAAGCCGGCGAUGCCUCUUCAAUUUGACAAACCUUAGGCUGCAGGGAUAGGUUUAAUGUGUACUGUGGACCAGACACACCGCUGCUCAAGCAUUGGCAUGGGAUGGUGAGUGUGCGAUCUUCGGAUCUUCCCCUGGUGGGAUGCGAUGCCAUUGAUCAUCAGAUAUUCAGACAUUCAGACAGUUCUAUUCCUGUGGUUGUCACCGCGUCGCGUCGUUUGGAGAUUGCAGACGAUUAUGCC